AUGCGCUCUGCUCCAAAAUCAAGCAGCCUUUCCUAUUCCGCGGCCGGGGCCUCGCACGUCACUCUUUGGCGGGCGGCGACUGUUAUCGACUUCGCGAGCGCUGAGGAUCUCUCCACCGGGCAGGACCCCGUGAGCGCCCCUGCCGUCACCGAAGAAGCCCGCUUGCAAGCUGAGGUCGAGACGUAUCGCGAUAUUCGAGAAUACCUACGCAAAUGGAACGAAACCAAUCCCAAUAUUCUGGACCCCAUCCGAAGAUUGGGCAGCGAAACUUCGCCUGUAGACCUCGGUCAAUUGGUUGGCACUAUGCUCAAUGGCCGUGAUGCAUCGGACUUCCUCUGGGCAAGCUCCCAACUAUCCAACAGAGAUGACUUUGACACCUCGGAAGAAUUCGAAGGAGACCACAUAGAACCCGGUGAUCUGGUUGGACGACUCAGCGCUGAUGGCGUGUUCACCUUUGGCAUUUACGUGCAGUCUGUCCACAAACAGAAACAAAUCUACACGGAUCGUGGAAACUGGCGCAUCUGCUCCAACCGGGAGAUCGAUUACAUUGUGAAGGGCUUUGCGCCAACAGUCCUCAUCGACCCAAUCAAGCCAUAUUUUCCAGAUCGCCCUGCCCGAGCCCUGUCCGAGAUACAAACCGUGCCGGAAGGUGGACUCCCCAGGCCCCUAGGGCGACCCCUUAUUGAAAUGAUGGCCCAUUUUGAGCAGCAGGUUUUCGAGUUCUACCGACAUCAUGCCCUAUUGUUGGACAGAGUUCACGACUUGGUAGCAGAUGACUCAGACUUUCUUCGCUUGACCCUUGAAGAACUCGCCAUGAAGCUCCUAGGCAUCGACGAGCCUCAAUUGAAUAGCGUGAACCUUUUUGCCGUGCACCAGGCUGUGCGGCAGCGUCCAUUCGCUAUUGAAAAGGACUUUAAUUCUUCCUUCCACCCAAUAUACCUGGUGCAGCCUAAGAGAAUUACCAACAUGGUCAAGCAGGUCACUAAGUGGGUUCGCGAACACCAGGACUUUUCGGUGAGAGCGUCCAUGGCGAUAGAGACGCCCGGUUUCAAGGAUCAUCCCAUGCAGCAGUUCAUUCAAAAGGCGCAGCGUUUGAUUCGUCUCAGUCGAAAGGUUCGCUCUCCGACAGUCAUGUCUAGUGUAGGCCCUUCGUCUCAAAAGUUUCGCCCUGGACAAGACGACAAGGCAAUGGUGUAUCGCGAGGUUCUCACUGAGAAGUUCACCAAGACUGAUCAGACAAUCAUCGAGUAUAUGCAACUGUAUGCGAUCCCGUCCGUGGCCAUGCCGUCUGGUAUAUUGAGAUCGACCGCUUCCCACGUCAUGCGUGCCACCGGCAUGUACAACACUCUCGGGCUUAGCGAGUCCUCCACUCGUAUGUUCCUGCAGGAGCUUGGUGUGGUGGCUCCAUGGGAGAAUCUCAGUCUACUAGACCAAAAUAUCUUGCUCCCCGGUCAUGGUAUGUCCUUAAUGGAGGAUAUGAAAUGGGAAGAGGUUGAAGAAAGUAGCGCAACCAUCUCAGGGUCUUUGACGGAUUCAAUGAAAGAUCUACGAAGGGACUGGGGAGACUUGCCGGUCUACUGCAUAGAUGCAGUCACGGCACAGGAGAUCGACGAUGGUGUAUCAUUGGAGCGAGUCCCGGGCUCUGAGGACACAUUCUGGGUGCGCAUUCACGUCGCCAACCCGACAGCUUUCUUGAAACAUGACAACCCAAUCAUGGAAUAUGCCAAAUCUCGACUCGCUACAACUUAUGCCCCAGAGCGGACCUAUCCCAUCUUUCCCACGAAUUUCACGCAGGAUAACUUCAGUCUGGCGAAUGGUCGUCCCACUUUAACAUUCAGUGCCAAGAUGAAUCUCCAGGGAGAAAUCCUCGAAACCGAGGUUUCAAAUGGCACAAUUCGAAAUGUAAUCAGCUUGACCCACAGCACACUGCAAAAAUUCUUGGAUCCCGAGUCAAGACCUCCCUCUGAAUCUCUGACUGUCGGCGGCGAACCCGUCGAGCAACCCCUCCCCGAAGGCAAGGUGCUCCGUGAGAACCUCACACCUGAAGACAAAGAAAACUUCACCAUCCUGCGCAAGCUGAUGCUCGGCUUCCGCACUCAACGCCAGAAAAACGGCGCAAUGGACAUCCAGUUCCCCCGACCAGACACCGCCCUCUCCGUCCAGAUGGGCACGACGCCCACCAAGCCAUACCAGAUCGAAGUCACCGAAGGGCGGUACUAUGUCGGUGACCCGAUUAUCCAGCUUCAAAUGCAAGAUUUCAACCCCCACGAAGUCCGGGAUGAGUCAAAACGCUAUCUCGUCUCACUCCUAAUGAAUCUGGCCGGCCACAUUGCCGGCCAGUUCUGCUCUGCCCGAAACAUACCUGUUGUCUAUGAUGGGACCUGGUAUGAUCCUGAAUACAGACACGUCACGCGUGAAAACAUGAGCGAAUUUGGUGGCCAGGCAUUCUAUCAUCUUGCCCUGCCCAAGGCCAUUUCUGCGUCUAUCCCGCUACACCACCACAUGCUUGGUCUGGACGCGUACGUCAAGAGUACGAGUCCGCUGCGUCGGUUCAGCGAUGUCAUCGCGCAUUACCAGAUCGAAGCCGCAUUGCGUUUCGAGCAUGAGCAUGGGCGUCAAUUCGAUGCUGCGACUGAUAUCCCCGAACCCAUCGAGACCGAGUCUCCAUCUCCUGAGCAGAGCACAUCUCUCCUCCCAUACUCCCACCUCGACCUCGACAAUCACAUCGACUACUCCCAACCCCUCCUCGCCCGACUCCGCGCCAUAUCCUCCUACUCAACUCAACACUGGGCCUGCAUGCUCCUCUUCCGCGCAUUCUACUUUGCAGAAUGCCCACUCCCAUCCUCAUUCCCCGUCAUCCUGCGCUCGCUGCGACUGGGUCUUGAGUACGAGGACACCGUGUACUCGGGCAUCAUCACCAAUUUGGGCGUUAAUUGUGUAAUCACUAUUCCCGAGGAGUGUCCGGGUAAAGAGCAGAUGGAUGUUUUUGGGGUUGUGGAUGCGCAGAUUACGGCUGUGGAUUUGGCCAAUCUUGAGGUGAAGAUGGAGGCUAAGGGGUUGAUUAGGCCGUUUAAGAGGAUGGGGGAGUGGGCUUGA